UCCCGGCAUUUGCUUUUUAAAAGUGAAAUGUGUUUUUUAAAAAGUGUGUUAGAUGCCUCUGGGAAAAAAAUAGAGGAGCCCAGAUUUGUUUCUACCCCUGAGAGGCUCUGGAUGUAAUUUGGGAUUAUAGGUCAGACUCUCCAUUGUUUGUACCUACAGAGAGUCUGGUCAGGUGGCCCACCUGCUCAGCAUCUAAACUGUGCCUAUUUAACCAAGGCACAGGGGGAGGGGGGCAAAUUCUGGGUUUGCAGGUGCAUCACUAAGGCAAGACAUAGCAGCCACCAUCCUGGAAUGGCCCCUGGGAUCUGGGAUCUGGUAAAGACCCUUAUCCUACCCACUCUGCCUUCUCAGCUCACUGCUUGUCUCCUCUCGGUUGUGACCUCAUGUUAUUCUAGAAUGAGCUCCUUCCUGGGCCCCUUUCCAUCUGGACCCUGCUCUGUAAAGGGGUUGGGGCUGCAAAUGGGGAUGGAAUGAGCUCAGCUGGCAGCAGGGGUGGCCCUAAAUGAAAGGAGACACCGACGUCAGACUGCCAGGAAUGGAGGCCAGCCCAACCAAGGGGGUCCUUCAGUUGUGGUCAGUGGCUUCUGCCCCCUGGGGCCACCGGAUGGAGAGGGAGAGAAACCAAAGAUUGGAAAAGAAGAAGGAUUGAGUCACAGAAUGGGUCACAAGCAGAAGGCAGAAGGGACUCAGAAUUAGGGAAGCUAGUUUCCCACUAACCUUGGGGACAGCUGUCAGCGUGGGAGACCGGACUUGGGCCUCAGGAAACGCCUGCCAGGUUGGAUGGGAGGGAUGCUGUGGCCUCUCCCCACCCCUCCCCCUAGCCACCUUCCUCACAAUGGGCUUCAUUGCUGAGGUGGGAGGGGCAUCCUAGGAAGGGUCCCACUGGUGGCCUGCCUGUCAGACAGCCUCAGGGAACCUGCCCUUUCAAGCAUGAACCAGACCAUCCGGGCUCCCUCACUCCCAGUGUGCUCUUAGCUCUGCCUGCCUGGCUUAGGGUCCUGGAGGCCAUCUUGGAGCUCAUCCAGCAACCAUCAUGCAAGGUGGUGCUGGGGGCUGCCCUCUUACUCGGAGGUGGAGGCCUCAUGCUGUGGAUGCAGAGGAAGAAGAGACGGAAGACAUUCCUUGUGCCCUCACAGGAGGAGCAGGAGCCACCAGAAGGUCACAGAGCAAAGAAUGAGAACUGGAUUAAAUCGCACUUUAGCCGCCUUUCUGAGGAGAAGCUGGCCUCCUGCAGCAGCAGCACCACGCCUCCCCCUGAGAGCGGCAGCGGGAAGGCCAGCACCACGGUGCACGUGGAGACCGUCACCACCAGGCAAGGCGAGGUGGGCACAGCCGUGCACCGGGAGGCCUUCACCACUAAGCAGAGGUUGUCUGGCUCCUCGGUGACCAAAGAGACCCACAGGGAGUCAGGAAAAUCCUCGUCCACGGACGCGGCCACAUGGGCUGCUGUGGCUGCCUGCACCAAGGAGAUUGACAACCUGGGACAGCAGCUGGCUAACUCCAUGUUGCAGCGCGCCAUGACGUACCAGAACUCAGGCCACCUGGAGUCCAAAGACAUCAACCAGGAGGAGCUGAAGGCCCUUGAGGAGGUGGAGUUGAAGCUGAAGGGGAACUUCCUCAUGCAGCGAGACACCGCGGUAGCUGGCCUGAACCACACGCACACCUUCCACGGCCAUGGUCCCCACGGCCACCAGGGUUAUCAGAGCCACCAGAGCCACAGUCUGCCCAACCGUAGCCAGCAGACCUACCACCCCUUUGAAGCCACCUAACCACAGAUGGAGAUCCCCUUCCCCCGACAGGGCUGGCACACGACUGCAGGCCUAUUUUCUCUCCUGCAGGGCACCCUGUGUGGCCCAGGGUGAGAGGCUGCCACCCAAACCCCUUCCUCCUCAGCCCCCCACAGAGCUCCUGGGCCCCUUCGAGUCUCUGAGGGUCUGCUGCAGAGAAUGGCUCCUGAUGGAGGGGAAGAUGGAAGGAAGGGAAGCAGCUGAGACACACAGCGGGCCCCUGAAGACCCACCGAGAGAAGAUAGGCGAGGCAGAUCCCAGGAGAAGCUGAGAGCCCCAGACCGGUGCCAGAUGCCUGGAACUGAGCCAAUAAAGCCUUGUAUACCCUCA